CGCCCCAGCCGCCCUUUGCUCGGUGCGGGGGGAGGCGCCGGCAGCCGGCGGGGAUGGAGGUGCUGUGUGCGGCGGGGGGGCUCCUGCUGGCCCUGUCCCUCCUGGCCUUCGUCCUGUACUGCUGCUACGUGCAGUACAUCCACGCCAAGUACGACUACAUCCCCGGCGCCCCGCGGGAGAGCUUUUUAUUUGGACACCUGCCAAUCAUAUGGAGAAUGGUGAGGAAUGGGGAGUUAACGCCAGAUCUCUUCCUGCAGUGGGCAGAGAAAUAUGGACCUGUUGUACGAGUGAAUGCCUUUCACAGAAUCUCAGUAUUGGUUGUGAGUCCUGAAGGAGUGAAGGAGUUCUUGAUGUCACCACAGCACCCAAAGGAUCCAAUGGUGUAUGGUACUCUCUUCAGCCUAUUUGGUGAGAGGUUUCUAGGGAAUGGCUUGGUAACUGUUUGCAACCAUGAGCAUUGGCGCAAGCAGCGGAGGAUAAUGGAUUCAGCUUUCAGCCGAAGCUACCUGAUUGGUCUGAUGGAAACUUUUAAUGAAAAAGCAGAGGAGCUGAUGGAGAAGCUAGAGGAAAAGGCAGAUGGAAAAACAGAGUUUAGCAUGCUGUCCAUGAUGAGCCGGGUGACCAUGGAUAUCAUUGGAAAGGUAGCCUUUGGCUUGGAAUUAAAUGCACUGAGUGAUGACCAGACAGCUUUACCCAGUGCUGUGACUAAGAUUAUGGAGGGACUGAACAAGGCACGCGUCCCCUUCAUAAGGUUCAUGCCAGGGUAUCAGAAGCUGGUAAAGGAGGCCAGGGAGAGUGUGAGGCUGUUGAGACGUGUGGGGAAGGAGUGCAUUGACCUGAGGAGAGAAGCCAUCCAGAAUGGGAAAGAAGCCACAGUGGAUAUUCUUACACAGAUACUGAAAGGAGAUGCUCUGGAGGAAACUAGAGAUGAUGAAAACAUUCUGGAUAACUUUAUCACUUUCUUUGUUGCAGGUCAUGAAACAAGUGCCAAUCAGAUGACAUUUACAGUAAUGGCACUGGGUCAGCAUCCUGAAAUACUGGAAAGGGCUCAGGCUGAAGUGGAUGAGGUUCUUGGUGCCAAGAAAGACGUUGACUAUGAGGAUCUUGGCAAGCUCACCUACUUAUCGCAGGUUUUGAAGGAGUCGCUGCGGCUGUACCCGCCCGUCUCAGGGACGCUCCGCAGGCUGGAGAAGGAGCAGAUCAUCAAUGGCAUCAGAAUUCCUGCAAACACCACAGUCUUUCUCAACACUUAUGUAAUGGGAAGGAUGGAAAACUUUUUCAAGGAUCCACUUACUUUUGAUCCAGAUCGAUUCAGCAAAGAUGCACCUAAGCCAUAUUACUGCUAUUUUCCAUUCUCUCUGGGACCCCGAUCCUGCAUCGGGCAGGUGUUUGCUCAGAUGGAGGUAAAAGUGGUGAUGGCAAAGCUGCUGCAGAGGUUUGAAAUCCAGCUGGUGCCAGGACAGAGUUUUAAACUCUUGGAGGCUGGAACCUUAAGGCCACUAGAUGGAGUAAUAUGUAAAUUAAAGCCAAGGAGCUCUGCAAGAGGCUGCCAGGCCUGACUGCUCAGGGAGGGGAGCAUGGCAUGCUACUGGUAGUGUUUCUUCUGAUUUUGAACAUCUUGACACUAAUCAAAGGUUAGAUUUUGUAGACCCCUUUAGAGGAUUACUAGACUGAUAUUAUUUCUAACCUUCCUCAUCAUUUACUGAAGAAAACUUUAUGGGAGUCA